CUGGAUUUAAACACACUGAUGAGGCUAAGGAGAAGAUGAAGGGUCGGAAACACUCUGAUGAAACGAAGUCCCGAAUCUCGGCUACUAAGAAAGGGCAUUCAACCUCCGAGGAAACAAAAUCGAAGAUCUCUGCUUCUAAGAAGGGGCAGAAACAUUCGGAUGAAACGAAGGCUAAAAUGAGUUCUUCUCACCUUGGGGAAAAGAAUGGUCGCUUUAACAAAGGGAAGCCGGUAUAUCUGUACGUUGUUCAUGCUCACGGAGUUGAGCUCCAGGCCGUCCACUUUAAUACUCUCAGACUGGCUGAAUCUUUAGGG